CGACUUCGCUGAGCUGCAACCUGCUUCUUGGGAGGAACGUUUAUUCGCAGCGUUCGCGGUAGCCAGUGCAAGUCGCGGUUGCACUGAAACCGGAAGUGCGGCUCCAGGAAGGAUCGAGAGGAUGGCGGAUGUCCCGACCAAUGCACCGGCACAUUGUCCAGGGACAGCCAGUGAAGAUGCCGGUAAAGCUUCCGCCUGCCAGGGUUGUCCUAAUCAAGCGUUAUGUGCUUCCGGUGCUGCAAAAGCUCCAGAUCCAGCCAUUCAGGAGAUUAAGGAGAAGAUGGUAUCCGUUAAACAUAAAAUCCUGGUUUUGUCCGGAAAAGGAGGGGUUGGCAAGAGCACUUUCAGUGCCCAUCUAGCUCACGGGAUAGCGAGUGAUGACACCAAGCAGGUUGCUCUUCUAGAUGUUGAUAUCUGUGGUCCAUCAAUUCCAAAAAUGAUGGGAGUAGAAGGUGAACAGGUACACCAGAGUGGGUCAGGAUGGUCUCCUGUGUAUGUAGAAGAAAAUCUGGGUGUAAUGUCAGUAGGAUUUUUGCUCAGCAGUCUUGAUGAUGCUAUCAUUUGGAGAGGACCCAAGAAAAAUGGUCUGAUCAAACAAUUUUUGCGAGAUGUGGACUGGGGAGAAGUGGACUACUUGAUUGUUGAUACACCACCUGGUACCUCAGAUGAGCAUCUCUCUAUUGUACAGUACCUGAGUGCCACGGAGGUCGAUGGAGCUGUGAUCAUCACCACUCCUCAGGAGGUUUCACUACAGGAUGUCAGAAAAGAAAUCAACUUCUGCCAGAAAGUGAAACUGCCUGUAAUCGGAGUUGUAGAAAAUAUGAGUGGUUUUGUGUGCCCAAAGUGCCAGCAUGAAUCCCAAAUUUUCCCACCAACCACCGGAGGCGCCAUGAAGAUGUGUAAAGAUUUAAACAUUCCAUUUCUUGGGAAACUACCCUUGGAUCCCAGGAUAGGGAAGAGUUGUGAUGAAGGCAAAUCAUUCUUAUCAGAAAUACUCGAUUCUCCUGCAUGUAUUGCUUACAAGGAGAUUGUUAAACAUCGCAAUCGAGUGUUUGGUUUCUUUUUGCAUUUCAUCUUCCUGUGCCUUCGUAACUGCCUCUACAAUGGGAUUCAAGUCUACUGGUACAACAUAAACUUUAGCAUUAGCAGUUGCUGCAGUGGUCAAAAUUUAUUUUGCUUGCUGAUUUUUUUAUGUCAUCUAGGUCUUUCAGUUUGCGCUAAAGCAAAUUGUUAACAAAGUUAAAAUAUCUUGGCUUCUUGAACCUGUUAAUUUUCUGGUUUGGACCUAUUUGCAACAAAAAAUUGUGUUACCUGACCUUUUGGUUGCUCACUACAGCUGCAGCUUAGCUUCACACAUAGUAAAUUUCAUCUGGAACCUUUGCAGAGAACAAGUUCUUUUGCCGUAAAGCUAUCAGUUGAAUUACAUUCUGCAAUAAGCACUUGGAUAUAUUUAUGCCACUCAUGGAAUUUCUUCCAGAUAAACCUUCUCCACAAACCUAAGAUGAUGAAUAUUUCUCAAUUUUACCUGAAAAAUUAAAGCUGGACAGAUUUAUUUCACACUUCUUUCACCUUAGCUUAUCAAAUUUUUAAUUAAUGCUGUGCUUGGGUUUGCUUCAACCAUAUUGUUAUACCAAGCAAAGAGCACUUCAUAAAACCCAGGAUAUUUUGUGCAUUUCAACAAUUUAGUACUGGUCUUUUCCACUCUUACUAUCUUUAAUUCUAUUUAGCAUUCCUUAUCCAGCUAAUUAGUGUAAGCUCUUACUUAUUUGCAUGUUCUUUCAUUAUUAAAUGCCUUCAAAGAUUUGCAGUUUGUUUCCUUUGGUUAGUCAUUAUUUUCAGCCACACUUGAAGUAUAAACACCAAUGUUGCACAAAGAAAAUCAGCCUUACUGAUAUUGAAGCUAACACUGACACAUUGAAUUUAUUUUGUAUAUCCAAGCCUAUUCCGUUUGUUCAAUACAUUGUGUUAUGUCUAGUUACAAUGACAGAAGUAACAGUAUGCUAUUCAAUUUAACUGAUAAAGAACAUAACUUGUAUGCAGAUUAUUAAUGAAAGAUUAAAGGUGGAAACAGGUUGGUUGCUAACUCAAUAGAUUAUCCCUCCAGUUCCAGUGAGGUGCAAAUUACAAAGGCAAAUAGAAACAGCUGAGGACUUUGUGUGGUUAAUACGAGUUUGAAAUAAUUAGAAAGCACUACAUCAAGUUUGUCUGGGCACAACAGUGGGGAUCUGAUAGUUGUUCCUUUAGUCUGAUUAGUUUUCCUGUCUCUGAAGAUAGUGGUUGUUAGCAGUUUUCCCAUAUUGUUUUUGCCUUUUAUAUAUACACAAUAAAUAUAAAAGAUUACUUGUACCUCAUUUCAUGCCCCAAGUUCGUACAGUGUGCACUACUUUAUCUUAAAUUUAAAUACAGUAUCUCAUUUUUUUUUAUUGAAACAGGAAUCCAGGAAUACUGUGCUACACAUAGUUCUGAAGUGGGAAAAAAAUGCCUAACAAAUUAAGAAUUAUUUCAUGUUUCUCCGCAACAUGCUGAGUGAAUUUGACUGACUUGCAUCCAUCGGUGAAGGCAAUUAAAUUAAUUCAUCUGGACUAUUUUUUCCAAUCCUUGUAGGCGAUUCCUAAUAUUUAAGACCUGCAUCUGAUCCUAUUCCUGAGCAAAGUUAUACUUUUUUAAUUUCAAUGAAUGUUAAGAUUUGUAAAAGUGUCUGAAUUUGCAUAAUGCACAAAAGGUAAUAGUGGUGAUAAAGGAUAUACGUGAUUGGGUCAUUUAAUGGGGGUGGGCUACGUUAAAGAGGAAACCAUGUUUGGGUGCUUGCUAAUAAGGACAAUUAACAAUUGUCCUUGUACCUUGCUAAUUCAAUAAAUUCUUACCUUAAGCACCAUCCCAGGAAGUGCAUAGUAAAUAAGAAAUUGUUAUUCUUGUUAGAACAUAUUUAAUGUUUAAAUUUAAAAUAUCUAUUUUUGUGUUUUUUGUGACUUAAUUUACUCUGAAAAAUAAAGUCCAAUCACUUGG